AUGUCCAGCCAGGUGGUGUUCCGUCUCCAGAGCCGCACUGGGCAUCAAGCUAUCAAACAAUUCGACGAAUCCAUCCCAACGAUCGAUAAGCACGAGGUACUCGUCAAGAUCCGCGCCGUGUCCCUCAACUUCCGGGACAUCGGAGUCGCCAAUGGAGGCUAUCCCUUCCCCGUCAAAGACGGCGUCGUUCCUUGCUCUGACUCUGCGGGGGAAGUCAUCGACGUUGGCUCUUCUGUGGAAGGCUUCGCGAAGGGUGACAAUGUGAUUGCAGUGUUCGAUCCUACGAAUCUGUACGGCCCUCAGAAGGAUUGGAAGCACGGCCAUGGCGGGCCUGUGGAUGGUUUUCUGCGCGAAUAUGCUGCUGUUCCUGCCAGUGCUCUGGUCAAGAUACCUGAUGGGUCGGGCCUGAGCUUCUCGCAGAUGGCUGCAUUGGUCUGCACAGGUGUCACAGCGUGGAAUGUUCUUUAUGGCAAUAUGCCGAUCAAACCAGGCCAUACCGUUCUUUUCCAAGGCACCGGUGGCGUCUCGAUCACUGGUCUCAUCCUUGCAAAGGCUGCUGGAGCCACUACUAUCAUCACUUCCUCUUCUGACGAAAAGCUCGAACUUGUCCAGAAGAAAUAUGGCGCAGAUUACACCAUCAACUACAAGAAAACGCCAGACUGGGCUAGUGAAGCCAACAAGAUCACAGGAGGCCAUGGCGUUGACUAUAUCUUUGAGAAUGGAGGUUCCGGUACCAUCAAGCAAAGUAUCGACUGCAUUGCUAUGGGAGGCAUCAUCUCUGUCAUUGGCUUCCUCUCUGCUGCUAAGCAAGAAGAUAUGCCUGACGUUGCUGGCCUUGCUCUCUCCAAGGGGGCCGUGGUCAGGGGAAUUACUGUUGGCUCAAAACAGCUGUUGGAAGAGCUGGUGAGAUUUGUGCACAGGAAGAAGCUAUCUCCACCAGUGGAGAAAGAGUUCCAAUUUGGCAAUGAUGGUGUUCAGGCUGCAUUCGAUUACCUUGCUAGUGGAAAUCACAUUGGCAAAGUCUGCAUUGUAAUGCCAUAA